AGUGAUCGUACUUCUUCGCAACCACGUGCAAAAACAUGCGAUCCCCUUUGCGCCGGGUGUGUUUUGUGGAACUCGUCGUGUUAUGUUUCGCGGAAAGCGACACGGAGCGCCGCCUGCAGAAUCACUUCGCCUGGACGGAACCGGUAGCCCAGUAUGAAGAGCACGCGGUCCCGGCGUUUCAUCGCGUCACGCCGGAAAAGCUCGCAGAGCUCCUUGCGAACGGCAUGCCGUUCGUACUGCACGGGUUUGCCCCGGAUGAGAGCUGCUUUGCUGCCACACCUGGCACACAGUGCGAGAAGCAGCUCGCGAAACUCGGCGUUCCCGCGCUCCCGGCUGACGCGACCGAGACCGCGCUUCCGCGGACUCGGCUGGAGAGGCGCUCAGCCGAACAUUGCUUCGCGACGGCCGCGGUUGCAUCCGGCGGCCCGAUUGGCGUGCGACUGCAGCAUGUUGAUGGGGCGACGUGGCAUUGGAAAACUCACCUGCGCCCCGGCGACCUGCUUGUUUAUCCUCCCAGCCUAGCAGGCCGCGAGUGGACUUCCGAGUCCAGUACUGCGGGCAACGAAGCCGAGGACGAUGCAAGCACUAUUCGCCUUCGACGACUGCCUCUCCUGGCCCCGCUGCCGUCGGGACUGCUACGCGAGCUCGGAACCGCUGGAACGAAGGGUGUGGCGUGCAAGCAGCUUCGCCGCGACCUGGCUGUCCUCGGGGUGCAGUUUCCUCUGCUGCCAUCGGGAGAAGAGGCAUUCGAGCAGGCAUGGAAACUGGUUGCGGAGCAGCUCGACACCAACGGGAAUGGCGAACUCGAACGUGAAGAGGUCGAGACGUACUUUCGCGAGGCCACGCAACGCGCGGGUGCGCAGCCGUACUUCGAGGACCUGUUGCUUUUUCACGAUCGAGACGGUGACGGAAUAUUGUCGGUUUCGGAAGUAGUCGGGACGCUGGCUAACUUUUCUGUUGAACAAUACCAGGCGCGAAGGCCGGCAAGCACUGCGACGUAGCGGAAAUGGAAGCCGAAGAUCCGGAAGUAAUAUAUAUAUACAGGCAUUGACCUAGAGCUGUGAAGGCAACUUUGCUGAGGUCGUAGUUGAGCUGCCUUUUAUAAUCGUGACUGAGAUUCUUUACCUUGCGAAACCGAAA